ACAAAAUAUCUACCAACACACACACACAAACACAAUAUCACUCCAUUGAGACAAAAGAAUCUGUCAAAAAACAAUAACAGUAGAGAGAGUUCCUCUCCUUCUUCUUCAUCCUUCAACAGCUAAACCAAUCAAUCCCCCCAAAAAGUAAGAAUUACAGAAAACAAACAUGAACCCAUUAAUGUUUUAGCUCCUCUCUCCAGCUCUCAAUUUCUAUCUCUCUCCCAACCCUAAAAAAUUGCUCUUACCACCAUAUCCAGAACGAAAGCAUCAUGAGCAGCCUUGAAGAGUCUCUAAGAUCUCUGUCCCUAGACUACCUAAAUCUGCUCAUCAAUGGCCAAGCCUUCAGUGACGUCACCUUCAGCGUGGAGGGUCGUCUAGUCCAUGCCCACAGGUGCAUCUUAGCUGCCCGGAGCCUCUUCUUCCGCAAAUUCUUUUGUGGUCUUCUUCCGGAAAUUCUUUGUGGGCCGGCCCCUCCUUCGGGGCUCGACCCGAUAUCCGGGUCGAGGAUGAGCCCCGGUGGCACUUCGUCCUCGUGCCAUCGCGGGGGCAAUUCUCAGCAGCAGCAGCAGGUGAUACCGGUGAACUCGGUGGGGUACGAGGUGUUCUUGUUGCUGUUGCAGUUCUUGUACAGUGGACAAGUCUCGAUAGUGCCUCAAAAACAUGAGCCAAGGCCUAAUUGUGGAGAGAGAGGGUGCUGGCACACGCAUUGCACCUCCGCCGUUGAUCUUGCUCUUGACACUCUUGCUGCCGCUAGAUCCUUUGGUGUUGAACAACUUGCAUUGCUCACUCAGAAGCAAUUGGCAAGCAUGGUGGAAAAGGCCUCAAUUGAUGAUGUGAUGAAAGUCCUCUUAGCUUCAAGAAAACAAGACAUGCAUCAACUCUGGACAACUUGCUCUCACCUUGUUGCCAAAUCGGGCCUCCCACCGGAAGUCCUGGCCAAGCACCUCCCCAUCGAUGUCGUGGCCAAAAUCGAAGAGCUUCGUCUCAAAUCCUCCCUCGCCCGCCGCUCAAUGAUGCCUCAUCACCACCACCACCAUCACCACCACGACCUCGGGGCAGCAGCCGAUCUCGAGGACCAGAAAAUCCGCAGGAUGAGGCGGGCANNNGCAUUGGACUCAUCCGAUGUCGAACUCGUCAAGCUCAUGGUAAUGGGCGAAGGCCUAAAUCUCGACGAGGCAUUGGCAUUACACUAUGCAGUUGAAAAUUGUAGCCGAGAGGUUGUCAAAGCAUUACUAGAACUUGGAGCAGCAGAUGUUAACUACCCGGCAGGGCCAGCUGGCAAAACCCCACUUCAUAUUGCAUCCGAAAUGGUGUCGCCGGACAUGGUGGCAGUCCUGCUCGACCACCACGCCGACCCGAAUGUCCGGACCGUCGAUGGGGUUACUCCCCUCGACGUACUAAGAACCCUAACUUCAGAUUUUCUCUUCAAAGGGGCUGUCCCGGGACUUACCCACAUUGAACCAAACAAGCUCAGGCUCUGCCUGGAGCUUGUUCAAUCGGCUGCUCUUGUUCUUUCCCGCGAAGAAGGCAACAACAAUGCAAACAACGCUCCCAAUUCUUCGAAUUCGACUGCGAUUUACCCGCCUAUCAGCGACGAUCACCAUAGUAGUGGCAGCAACAGCGGCAACAUUGGCAACCUAAACUUGGAUUCUAGAUUGGUGUAUCUCAAUCUUGGAGCAACUCAAAUGGGGUCUAGAAAUAUGGACGGUCAUGAUCAUCAAGAUCAUGAUCAUCAUGGGAGCCAUAGUAGCCAUAGGGCACAAGGUGGCUGUGACCCAGCAACAAUGCUUUCGUCGAUCGUUCGCCGUAUGAAAUUGGAGCCAUGGGGUUGAAUGUCGAUGACACAAAUGGAGAAUGUGAGAUUUUUGCUAAUGCAUGAUGGAUCGAUGGAGAUUGGAGGGAGAUUAGGGAGAGACGCAGGUCAAUCUUUUCAACCCCUUUGGCCUGUCAUCUCCUUUGUAUUUAUUGAUCUAUCUAAUUUCAUCGCGUAUUUAUUAUGGUCCU